CUUUCGCAAGUUUCAUGUAUUUGAAUUACUAAGCGUUGUUCUCAUAACUCCUCCUUCGGAUCCACAGAUCCACACCUUAUGUUCUGUCACUUUGCGAUGCUCCCAAUGUGUUGCAAUUAAUAAUUCUUUAUAUAAAUAUACAAAACAUUAGGCUAUAAAUUAAAUAACUGUAAAGAAUGUUACACAGUUGAAGUACAGUUAAAUAUUAAACCCGUAAUAAUGAGGAGCAUUUUAAUAAUAGACAAAUGAUGCCUAAAUUAAUGCGGUGAUUGAUAUAGAAAGUGAAAUGUUAAGGCAAUAAAUGUUUUGCUUUUUUUGACAUUUCGGUUUUUUCUGAUAACCUAUUCAAUAUUUCUUUUUGAUUGCAUCAUUUCACAAUUUUAUUAAAAAAAAUUCACUUUAAUAAAAACAUCUCCUUAGUGAUAGAGCUAAUAUUGUAUAUGUUACAGAGUGUUUACUACGUUUCACUGUUUUUCGUAGUGAGAUGAGGCGUGAUUUUGUAAGAAGAGUCGUUUCUGUCACCUUAUCUCGCAUUGGGUACAACGUAGGAUGUUACCCGCAACUAUAUGUGGCAAUUUCCUUCAUACUUUCAAUUGUGUUUGCGACUGGAGUAUUGAAUAUAUCACCUUCGAAGGACAUAGAAUAUCUUUAUGUACCAUCCGAUGCAAGAAUUAAAACAGACAGAGCAGCAAUCGAAUCAAUAUUUUCCACAAACAAGUCAGAGUGCGAUUACAGAAGAUUAUCUAGAUUCGAAGGAACUGUAGCCAUACAAGUAACAUCAAAAUAUGAAAAUUCCAUGUUAGAAGAAACAAUACUUGAAGAGGUCAUCAAACUUGACAAAAUUAUACGAAAUGUCAGUUUUCUAUGGAAUAACGCAUUCGUUCGUUAUGAAGACAUAUGUUGUAAGCCGGAUGGGAUUACUUGCCACGAAAAUUAUGUUUUAUCUUUUAAAGGAAAGGCAGAUGACAUGAAGAAAGGAAUACACAAUGUCAAAUAUCCAGUUGACAAAAUACGUGGAAACGUAGUAGUCUCCGGUUUUGAACUUGGAGGAGUCACUAUAAAUAAGGAAAAUAUGGUUCGAGAUUUCAAGGCAAUUAGACUGUAUUAUCCACUGGAGAGUGCCACAGAAGAGAAGAAAGAUAUGGCACUGAAAUGGGAAGAAUCGCUUUUAGAGACAUUAACCAAAGUUAAUUUGAAUAAUAUUGAAGUUUAUAAGUUCCUUAGCCAGUCUGUCAAUAACGAAAUUAACCGUAUUGGCGAAAGUAUUUUUUCUAUCAUGGUUAUUUCUGCUCCAAUUAUGCUGAUAUUUGCGGCAGUUUCUUGCUUAUCGACUGAUGUUCUGUGCAGUAAGCCUUGGUUAGGUAUUGCUGGUUGUGUAUCACCUUUCAUAUCCACUGUAGCCGCAUUUGGACUACUGACAUACUGCAAAGUAAAUUACUUUGCAUUGAACGCCAUAAUUCUUUUUCUGAUGCUAGAUAGUGCGACAAACAUUGAAACUUCGACACUUUCGUCCCUGAUAUUAUUUAACUCGGAUGCUCUUUUGAGAUGAGGCGUGAUUUUGUAAGAAGAGUCGUUUCUGUCACCUUAUCUCGCAUUGGGUACAACGUAGGAUGUUACCCGCAACUAUAUGUGGCAAUUUCCUUCAUACUUUCAAUUGUGUUUGCGACUGGAGUAUUGAAUAUAUCACCUUCGAAGGACAUAGAAUAUCUUUAUGUACCAUCCGAUGCAAGAAUUAAAACAGACAGAGCAGCAAUCGAAUCAAUAUUUUCCACAAACAAGUCAGAGUGCGAUUACAGAAGAUUAUCUAGAUUCGAAGGAACUGUAGCCAUACAAGUAACAUCAAAAUAUGAAAAUUCCAUGUUAGAAGAAACAAUACUUGAAGAGGUCAUCAAACUUGACAAAAUUAUACGAAAUGUCAGUUUUCUAUGGAAUAACGCAUUCGUUCGUUAUGAAGACAUAUGUUGUAAGCCGGAUGGGAUUACUUGCCACGAAAAUUAUGUUUUAUCUUUUAAAGGAAAGGCAGAUGACAUGAAGAAAGGAAUACACAAUGUCAAAUAUCCAGUUGACAAAAUACGUGGAAACGUAGUAGUCUCCGGUUUUGAACUUGGAGGAGUCACUAUAAAUAAGGAAAAUAUGGUUCGAGAUUUCAAGGCAAUUAGACUGUAUUAUCCACUGGAGAGUGCCACAGAAGAGAAGAAAGAUAUGGCACUGAAAUGGGAAGAAUCGCUUUUAGAGACAUUAACCAAAGUUAAUUUGAAUAAUAUUGAAGUUUAUAAGUUCCUUAGCCAGUCUGUCAAUAACGAAAUUAACCGUAUUGGCGAAAGUAUUUUUUCUAUCAUGGUUAUUUCUGCUCCAAUUAUGCUGAUAUUUGCGGCAGUUUCUUGCUUAUCGACUGAUGUUCUGUGCAGUAAGCCUUGGUUAGGUAUUGCUGGUUGUGUAUCACCUUUCAUAUCCACUGUAGCCGCAUUUGGACUACUGACAUACUGCAAAGUAAAUUACUUUGCAUUGAACGCCAUAAUUCUUUUUCUGAUGCUAGGUAUUGGAGUAGACGAUUCCUUUAUAUUGCUGGCUGCGUGGAGACGAACUGACGUGAAGGCUUCUGUACCUGAUAGAAUGAAAGAAGCAUACGCCGAAGCUGCAGUGUCCAUCACUAUCACGUCACUGACCAAUUUUUUUGCUUUUUGUAUGGGAUUUAUGACACCGUACAAUUGUAUUCAUAUAUUCAGUGCGUAUUCAGCUCUAGCAAUUAUAUUUGAUUAUAUUUAUCAGUUGUUAUUUUUCGGUGGACUCAUGGCUUUAGAUGGAUACAGAGAAAAGCAUAAGCUUCAUUCUAUCUUCUGCUGGCCAGUUAAACAGAAUUAUCCAAAUAAUGAAAACGGAGUAUAUUUAAAAUCAACAAACAAGAAAAAAAAAGACAAUAUCUUUAUGGCAUUUUUCGGAAAUGUCUUAGGUGGAAUACUUGGAAAACCAAUCAUAAAAAUAAUUGUGAUUUUAGCCUUCUUUGUUUAUCUCGCUGGUGCGAUAUACUGUAUGCGAUUCAUUCAAGAAGGAAGCGACGUAGUUAAAUUUUUUCCAUACUUCUCUUACGUGUUUGAAUAUAUAAGUAUUGAAGAUAAAUUCUUUCAUAAUUACACUCAUCAAGUGCAAGUAGUUGUUAAUCAGACAUUAGACUACUCAAACGUCACUGUCCAAAAUGAUAUAGAAGAGUUUUUGCAAAGUUUCGAGUCUGCUCCAUUUACAUCCGAUUCGUCGACCACAGAAAGUUGGCUGAGAGAAUUUCUGGCAUUUACUAAAUCUCCAGUUGCAGAGUUUUCUCUUUCUGGUUACAAUCUGAGUGAUUCCGAAGACUUUCUGAAUGCAUUUAGAAACGUUUUCUUAAAAAUGAAAAUAGCAACAAGAUUUAGAAAUGACGUUGUUUUUAAUAAAGAAGGUGAUAAAAUUACUGCUUCGAGAUUUCUCAUAUCCAGUUACGAUGAUAAAACUGGAGACGAUAAAAAAACUUUCUUUCGGAACGUAAGAAAAAUCGGCGAAAACAGUAAAUUUUCCACUAUAAUAUUCAAUUUCAGAUUUAUGUAUUAUGAACUCUAUUCUAACAUUCUCUCAAACUGUUUAAAAGCUAUCUGUUCUGCAGGAGGAACAGUGAUUAUAGUGUUUAUUAUAUUUACCCCGAACAUAUUGUUUCUUUUGUCUAUUACCAUCACUGUCGUUUCAAUCCAGGUUGGUUUGAUUGGAUAUAUGUCCUUAUGGAAUGUAAGUAUUGAAACUACAGCGUUAAUAACGUUAGUGAUGUGUACGGGUUUUUGUGUAGAUUAUACAGUUCAUAUGUCCUAUAUAUUUAUCAAUUGCAAAAACAAAACACCAAACGAGAAAAUCAAAAGUUCUUUAUACGCUUCUGGAUAUCCUGUUUUACAAGGUUGUAUAUCAACUAUUCUGGGUGUUUCAAUAGCAUAUUUUGGUCCAUCAGAACCAUUUCUUAUAUUUUCGAAAAUUUUGAUGUUAAUGGCGAUCUUCGCUUUAUUUCACAGUCUGAUAUUACUGCCUGUGGUUCUUAGCAUUUUGGAUAGCAUUUCGUUUUCCUUCCUGAAAAAGAAAAGACAUAAGUUGGAAUGCAAUGACAAUCAUACAAACGAACUCGAUUUCUUAAAAUCUCAAAACAUAAAUCUUCAAGGACAUGAAGUUUGAAAAAUAAUUUCAAAUUAAUAGGA